CCCUUGAUUCCUUCUCUAAUUUUAAGCUUUUUUCUGGAUUUGUUCUUUGCAAGAAGUUACCAUCCCCCUUUAUCCCUCCCUACCUUUUCCUUUUCCUUUCUCUUUCUCUCUCUUAAACCCUACUUUAUUCCCUCUCUUCAGCUCACCUCUAAAAGAAGACGAUCCUGCCUCGAUCCUCCUUGUGUUCAGAAACAACAGCUUCUUCCUGUCUCUCUCUUUAACCUACUUCUAACUCAUACAUAGAAAGCAAAACCCCAGACACCCUCUUUUGUUCUUCCUACAUAUCCUGUCGCUCUUGUUUUUGGCAUGAAAGUUGAGAACAAGAGCGUGUUUCUUGAGUAGAGAGAGAGUAUUUAGUUUCUUGAUUUCUUGCGACUGCUGCUUCAUUUAUUUACGUGAAAAUAAUUAAGAGGGUAUGGCCUCUCCGUCUGAGCUAACCCUGGAUUGCAAACCCCACAGCUAUUCUAUGCUAUUGAAAUCUUUUGGAGACCAGAAUGACCAGACUCAAAAACUUGAAGAGAUUCUCUGUCGCCUUGAAGAAGAAAGGCAAAAGAUCGAUGCUUUCAAGCGCGAAUUACCCCUUUGCAUGCAACUUCUCACCAACGCUGUGGAGACUUCAAGGCAGCAACUACAAGCCUACAACGCAAAUCAAGGGCCAAGGCCAGUUCUCGAGGAAUUCAUACCACUCAAAAACUCUACUUCUGAAUCCUUGGAUAAGUCCUCAAAUAUCUCUGAUAAGGCAAACUGGAUGACUACAGCACAACUCUGGAGCCAAGAUAGCAAUGAAACCAAACCUCAAACCACAUUAACCGCUUUCCCUAGAGAAACUAAUAUAGGAUUCAGUGUUAGUUCCAAGCUGGGCUUAGACACCAAACAAAGAAAUGGAGGAGCUUUCCUUCCAUUCUCAAAAGAACGAAACUCAUGUCCAAGCCCAACCUUAGCGCUUGCUUCUACUGAGCAAGAAAUGGAAGACAAGAAAUGUUUGGAAACAGAGAAUGGGUUUUCUUGUUCAAAGAUAGGGAAUUCUGGUAAAAUUGAUAUUAAUAAUGGUGGGGUAGUUGUGAUUGAGCAAGGAAAAGGCACUGGUAAUUCAUCAUCAGAUGGGCAAGCAACAAAUACAGGGGCAGGUAAUAGUACAAAUAAUACAACUACUAGCACUACAACAAGCAGUCAAGCCCAUAGGAAGGCAAGGAGGUGUUGGUCCCCAGACUUGCACCGGAGAUUCGUGAAUGCUCUGCAAAUGCUUGGCGGUUCUCAAGUGGCCACACCAAAACAAAUCAGAGAGCUCAUGAAGGUUGACGGUUUGACCAAUGAUGAAGUUAAAAGCCAUCUGCAGAAAUAUAGGCUUCACACCAGGAGACCCAGUCCAAGCCCACAAGCAACUGGAGCCCCAGGACCUCAGGUCGUCUUUGGCAUAUGGGUCCCACCGGAGUAUGCCACCGCAGCUGCAGCAGCUCACACCGGGGCACCUACCCUCUAUGGCACCCACCCAGCUUCCCACGCACCGCCACCUCACUUUUGUGCUGCACCACCUGUGCCCCAAGACUUUUACACUGCAGCAACAGCUCCGUCUCCGCCGCCGCCAACUCACCACCAGAUGCACCAUCACCACCACACACUCCAACAACUCCAUAUGUACAAGGCUACAUCACAGGCUCAUAGCUCGCCGGAGUCUGACGUAAGGGGCACUGGAGACCAGUCUGAAAGCAUUGAAGAUGGCAAGUCAGAGAGCAGUAGCUGGAAGGCUGAGAGUGGCGAGAAUGGUGGAGAGAGAAAAGGGUUGGCUGCAUUGAGGGAAGAUGGUGAUGAAAGCAACGGAAGUGAGAUCAGUCUCAGGCCUCUGCGGUAUUAGGGUUAGCGUUAGGGUUUAGGGUUAGGUUAAUUUGGGAGUUUAAUUUCUAACUAGCAAUGUCCUAUGUAUUAAUUCUAUUCUACAUUUGAUGUCAAAUGUCUUCUAUAGAGAGAGAGAGGGGGUAAAAGGGGCAUAACGAAAAAGUGAGGGUUUGUUUUGUCUUGGUAAACAUCCUCCGUGCAAUGAUUGAAACAAUUUGUUUCGUUUUUUGGC